GCCUCGUUGCGUCAUCGGGGCGCGCCCCGCAGACCGCGCUUUGGUUGCCGGAAGUUGGGCGGCGUAAGCAACAAAUAAUGGCGGCAGCUCCAAGAGAUCCUGGACUCUCCAAAUUGCAGUUUGCCCCCUUUAGCAGUGCCUUGGAUGUUGGGUUCUGGCAUGAGUUGACCCAGAAGAAGUUGAAUGAAUAUCGGCUGGAUGAAGCUCCCAAGGACAUUAAGGGUUAUUACUACAAUGGUGAUUCUGCUGGGCUGCCAGCUCGCUUAACAUUGGAGUUCAGUGCUUUUGACAUGAGUGCUCCCACCCCUGCCCAUUGCUGCCCAGCUGUCGGAACGCUAUAUAACACCAACACACUCGAGUCUUUCAAGACUGCAGAUAAGAAGCUCCUUUUGGAACAAGCAGCAAAUGAGAUAUGGGAAUCCAUAAAAUCGGGUGCUGCUCUUGAAAACCCUGUACUCCUCAACAAGUUUCUCCUCUUGACAUUUGCAGAUCUAAAGAAGUAUCACUUCUACUAUUGGUUUUGCUACCCUGCCCUCUGUCUUCCAGAGAGUAUACUUCUCAUACAGGGGCCAGUGGGUUUGGAUCAAAGGUUUUCACCAAAACAGAUUGAAGCCCUUGAGUGUGCAUAUGAUGAUCUUUGCCAAACAGAAGGAGUCACAGCCCUUCCUUACUUCUUAAUCAAGUAUGAUGAGAAUGUGGUGCUGGUUUCCUUGCUUAAACAUUACAGUGAUUUCUUCCAAGGUCAAAGGACAAAGAUAACAAUUGGUGUAUAUGAUCCCUGUAACUUAGCCCAGUACCCUGGAUGGCCUUUGAGGAAUUUUUUGGUCCUAGCAGCCCACAGAUGGAGUAGCAGUUUCCAGUCUGUUGAAGUCCUUUGCUUCCGAGACCGUACCAUGCAGGGGGCGAGAGAUGUUACCCACAGCAUCAUCUUCGAAGUGAAGCUUCCAGAAAUGGCGUUUAGCCCAGAUUGUCCUAAAGCGGUUGGAUGGGAAAAGAACCAGAAAGGAGGCAUGGGACCGAGGAUGGUGAACCUCAGUGAAUGUAUGGACCCUAAAAGGUUAGCCGAGUCAUCAGUGGAUCUAAAUCUCAAAUUGAUGUGUUGGAGAUUGGUCCCUACUUUAGACUUGGACAAGGUUGUGUCUGUCAAAUGUCUGCUGCUUGGAGCUGGCACUUUGGGUUGUAAUGUAGCUAGGACAUUAAUGGGAUGGGGCGUCAGACACAUCACAUUUGUGGACAAUGCCAAGAUCUCCUACUCCAAUCCUGUGAGGCAGCCUCUCUAUGAGUUUGAAGAUUGCCUAGGAGGUGGUAAGCCCAAGGCUCUGGCUGCAGCAGACCGGCUCCAGAAAAUAUUCCCCGGUGUGAAUGCCAGAGGGUUCAACAUGAGCAUCCCCAUGCCUGGACAUCCAGUUAACUUCUCCAGUGUCACCCUAGAGCAAGCCCGCAGGGAUGUGGAGCAACUGGAGCAGCUCAUCGAAAGCCAUGAUGUCAUUUUCCUGUUGAUGGACACCAGGGAGAGCCGGUGGCUUCCUGCCGUCAUUGCUGCAAGCAAGAGAAAGCUGGUCAUCAAUGCUGCCUUGGGAUUUGACACAUUUGUUGUCAUGAGACAUGGCCUGAAGAAACCAAAGCAUCAGGGAGCCGGGGACUUGUGUCCAAGCUACCCUGUGGCAUCUGCCGACAUCCUGGGCUCAUCACUUUUUGCCAACAUCCCUGGCUAUAAGCUUGGCUGCUAUUUCUGCAACGAUGUGGUGGCCCCGGGAGAUUCCACCAGAGACCGGACCUUGGACCAGCAAUGCACCGUGAGUCGCCCAGGACUGGCCAUGAUUGCAGGAGCCCUGGCAGUGGAAUUGAUGGUUUCUGUUUUGCAGCAUCCAGAAGGGGGCUAUGCCAUUGCCAGCAGCAGUGACGAUCGCAUGAAUGAGCCUCCAACCUCUCUUGGGCUUGUGCCUCACCAGAAUGUUGAAGAGGUUUUCCAGGCUGUUGGAAAUCAUUUUUCUAGAUUCCCUACAUCUAUUCUGGCCUAUAACAUGAAGGUGGUCCCCAAUGAAGUGGUGAUUGUGCCCAUCAGUCCCAUCUGAGGAUCUGCAAGGACAGACUCAAAGAUAAGUACAGAGAGCAUAGUGUCUCCCACAGUUCACACUUGUCUCUCUCUCUCCUGUUGUCUAGGACAGCCCUACCAUUUUUCAAUUGAGGAUGUGAAUCAGAAGAGAAGAAAUGACUUGUCCAUGGUCUCAGAGAAAGUUAGUGGAUGAGCCACAAUCCAAACCUAAACUUGAUGCUCUGCCUAGUGUUCUUUCAAAGGUUAUGUGAUUAGAAGGAGCCUUGGCCUGCACAUUGGGAGAUGUAGCUUCCAGUCGCUACCCUUGCCCUCUUGCACUAAGCCACCCAUCAUAGAACUUGUGUUAGUUCACUUAACCUCCCUGAGUCUCAGUUUCCAUAUCAUUAGAAGCAGGUGCUUUACCUGGUGUCCAGGGAUACAUCUGACAAGGUCUUGUAAACCACAAAGCACUGUGAAAAUGUGACUUUUCCCUCCUGCCUCACACAAGGUAGCAUUUGUUUGACAUGAAUGUGUUAAUCUUCUCUACAGAGACAUUUCAAGUAGAAUCCAAUGGACACUGUAAUAACCAUCUAUCAUAAGGAAGCUGACCUCCAGGGCUGACCUCUGCUAUUUAUGCUUUCGUGUUUCAUUAGAAUCAGUUUGCAGGUCUCCCUGCCUUUCUCCUGACCUUGAGAUGUGCCUUCCUCUCCUUUACAAAUUUUAUCCUGAGAAGGACCUUAAUUAAAUUUUCAGUCGUGCCUCUGCACUGGUUUCCUUCUUUAAGUCCUUUAUGUUAAAUUAUUGCAGUUGUAAUUUUCUCAGUGCUGAGGCCAGAGGGCAAAACAGUCUCUUUAUAGAAGGGAGCCAGUGUCAAAAUGCAUGUGCUCUUGUUUUUAAAGUACUAUGGCAACAAAUCCCUCUCGGUGUUAUUUAUCCCCAUUGAGGCUCCCAAUUGUUUGUCAUUCACCAACUCUUCUAGUUUUUUCUCCUCGUUUUCAAAUGUCUCAGGGAUUAUUUUGGUUGUUGGCCAUCUCUUCAUUUGGCCUUUUCAAAGACUGAAGAAUAACGCAGCCAUAUAUGGGAAAAGCCCAGUGUGUGUGUGUGAUUACUUGCUUACAUUAUUUCAAGUUUCAAGCCUUUAUUUUUAGCUACUUUCUAAAAAAGAAAGCAGAGAAAGAACUUUAAAAAUUAAUCAGGGUUGUGUGGUCCCCAUUUAUAGGCUUUAAACAACCUUUUUUUUUUUUUUGUUAAGUGGAGUGAGUCCAUUUAUGCAACUGUGUUUGGAUUAGGGGAACAGCGUUUCCACAAAAACACUGGGCUGUGUUGCAAUGCCCUGUUGCAGACUCAGCACUUCCCUCCUCUUCUUCCUGGCUGUCUGAGACAAAUGAUUUCCUGUUGGGGAGGAACUUGGUCAACCCCUUUGUGUACUUUGUAUGCAAAGAGUGACCAGUGUUUACUGGGCUCAUUUUUCUCAGUUCCCCAAAGGAGAAUGUUUAUUAAUUGGCCCCUGUGGAAUCAGAUACAGUAGAAAAGUGAUAGCCCUUGGACUGAGAAUCACAAGGCCCCCCACCAGCAGCUCAUUGUGUAAUUUGGAGAAAGUUUCUUAACUUUUCCUGCACUCUCUGGGUGAGACCUGGGAGGCCUGAGUAUUACUUACUUGUUCUGUCUGUGGGACUGUAGGCAGAAUUUGGCCCAUCCAAAGAUUGGCCAACUACAGAAAAAGGCUUGAUUAGGCCCUGCAGUUCAAGGAAAUUCUGCCUGAAAAAACCUUUUAUUGAAUUUGAAAACUGUGAAAAAACAUUUAAGGUGAAAAAAUAGGCUUAUGGGUUUCUUGGUUUUUUUGGCUUUUUAAGUGUCUGACUCAAUGUACAUGAAUUAGAUUUUGCAAGCA